AUGGAAGAACACGGCGGAAGACGGUGGCCACUGGUUGUGCUAGCAUCAUCCCCGUUUCAUGGCCACAUGACCCCUACUCUUCAGCUCGCCAAAGCCCUUCAUGCCCAUGGGUUCUCUAUAGCCAUUGCUCACUCCAAUUUAAACCCUCCUAACCCUUCUAACCAUCCUUCCUUCAUUUUUCUCCCACUUUCCGACAAUUUAUCCACUAUUGAUGACUCCGGUAGCUUCAGUAAUUUCAUCCAGACUCUCAACAAAAACUGCAAACCAUCAUUCAAAGAACACUUGACUCGAUUAAUCGGAACCGUUGCCGUCGAUCUGAAUCUUGCCGCCAUAGUCUUCCGCAGUAGCAGUGCAGCGUACUUUCCGGCUUACCUUGUCCGUCAGCAGCUCCAUCAAGAAGGCAGAUUUCUUGAACAAGAUUAUGUGAUGCAGGAGAUGGUGCCAAAUCAUCAUCCCCUCAGGUACAAAGAUCUGCCCUUUUCAAAAUCACCUGUUGAAGAUUGGCAGCAACUGGUUGCCAUAAUCAGCCAAUCGAUUCGACCCUCUGCAGUUAUUUGGAACACCAUCAAAGUUCUCGAACAUGAAGCCUUAACCCAAAUCCACAAGCACUACCAGGUUCCAGUUUUUGCAGUCGGACCUCUGCACAAAAUAGCACCAACUAAUCCCCCUACUAGUUUUCUCGAAGAGGACACUAGUUGCAUUGCCUGGCUCGACAAACAAGCUCCAAAAUCCGUGAUUUACAUAAGCUUCGGAAGCUUAAUGACGUUGGACAAGAAAGUGCUAACCGAGAUGGCAUGUGGGAUAGCCAAAAGCAACCAGCGGUUCAUAUGGGUGGUUAGACCGGGUUCAGUUUGUGACUCGGAAUGGACUGAGUUCUUGCCGGAGGGUUUCAUAGAGGAGACGAGAGAACGUGGCUUGACUGUAAAAUGGGCGCCCCAAAAGGAAGUGUUGGCCCAUUUUGCUGUUGGUGGAUUUUGGAGUCAUUGUGGUUGGAAUUCGACAUUGGAGAGUAUUUCGGAUGGGAUUCCGAUGAUAUGCCAACCAUUUAAUAUAGACCAAAUGGUGAAUGCACGUUACGUGAGUUACGUAUGGAAGAUAGGGUUGGAAUUGGAGGGUUUAGAGAGUGGGGAGAUGGAAAGCAUGAUUAGGAGAGUUAUUGUGGAUGAAGAAGGGGAGGAGAUGAGAGUUAGAGCAAUCGGAAUGAAGGAAAUGGUUAAAGAAGCAGUGCAAAAUGGUGGUUGUUCAUAUGAUUCGUUGGAGGAGUUGGUGGGUUUCAUUUCGUCGUAAUGGUAGUCUAGAAUGUGGUGGAUCAAGGUACAAAAUAUUUAAUGGAAUGAUCGACUUAUUCACAUUGAUAUGAGGUUUUUCGAGUCUUAAAUUAAAGCUCAAAAAUUUCGUUGUUGGCCAAACUUACAUUUCGAAUAUACUGAUCAGUAUCUCAAAUACCAUGUUUAUGUUCUCGUAUUUUUUCGUUUAAGCC